UGUGAUUGUAAUUUUGACAUUUCACACUUAAUUCUUAUACACGCGACCGUAGAACGGAAAGUAAAACGUCGAACGUGUUAGACAACUACGUUUACGGUCUUUCUUCUCUCAAAUGCAUGCAUUUCUGGCAGGCGUUUGACCAUACGAAUUUUGCAACCGUAAGAAAUUAAGGGAAAGUGUGACAUAUUUUUUCUUGAUUGUGUUGUGAAUAGUCUCAUUCGUUCGUUCGAAAUUCCAUUGUCAUCAUUUUUUUUGUUCAAUAUAUCGCGUCGUUUGUAAGUAAUCGAGUGAAAAUGUCGAAAAAACGCGGAAAUAAGAAGAAAGAUCUUGAUGACGAUUUCGAUGAUACGGCCAGCAAAGUGUCGUCGCUGGCCGAAAGUGAUAUCACCACCGUAAGCUCGAAGUCGGCUGCUAAGAAGAAAAGUGGCAAAAGCAAAGGUAAAAAGGGUAAAAAUGACGAUUGGAGCGAUGAUGAUGCCCCAGAGACCAUCAAUAUUGAGGAAUCGUUAUCGUCAAAAAAGAAAAAGGGAAAAGGAAAGAGCAAACGCGAUGAUAGCGAUGAUGACGAUGAACCGAUUGUAAUUGCCAAGAAAUCAAAUAAGAAGAAGAACAAAGGCAAAAAUAAGGAUUCCGAUGAUGAGGAUGAUGUAGCUAGUGAUGGUGCCAGUGAAGUGUCUUCGAAUGCUCCUACUAAGCAAUCGGCCAAAUUAAAGAAAAAGGGUAAGAAAGGCAAAAAAGACGACGACUGGCCUGAUGACGAUCAAGAUGAAGAGAGCAAACCAGCUCCGAAGAAAUCCGCCCAAAAGAAAGGCAAAAAGAACAAAAAGGAUGAUUGUUCCGACGAUAGUGCCGAUGAAGACAAAUUGGAUUUAGAUGUUGAGUCAGAGGAAGAGGCACCCGUUGCACAAAUCGCCAGUGCAAACAAGAAGAAAAACAAGAAAAACAAAAAGGCCACUGAAGUUGAGGAAGAAGAAGAACAACUUUUCAACGAAGACGAAUCGCUCGAUGAAGUUGAAGAAGCUGUUGCUGAGUCUUUGUCAAAAGUGAAACUAGACGAGCCAGCAGAGCAAAAGGAGCCGGAGCGUGAACCUGAAGUCGCCCCAGAGCCCCAGGCAGAACAACCAGAAGAAGCCGAUUCACCUAGCCCAGUGAAUGAUGAGGAUGACAUGAGUGAGAAGAGUGAGAAGAAAGAGAAACGCGUUACAAACAAGGAGAAGAAGAAGCUUAAAAAACAGCAAGACUACGAGAAACAAAUGGAAGCUCUCACGAAAAAAGGUGGCCAAGGCCAAUCGGAACUUGAUUCCAACUUUACAAUGUCGCAAGUGCAGAAGAGCGGUGGCCAAAAAGCAGCCCUGGAGCAUGCAGUCGACAUUAAAAUCGAAAAUUUUACCAUUUCAGCGAAAGGCAAUGAUUUGUUUGUCAAUGCAAAUUUACUGAUCGCAAACGGCAGACGUUAUGGUUUAGUUGGCCCAAAUGGUCACGGUAAGACUACACUAUUGCGUCACAUAGCGACACGCGCAUUCGCAAUUCCGCCAAAUAUCGAUGUAUUGCUCUGUGAACAAGAGGUGGUGGCCGAUGAUUACACUGCCGUCGAAACUAUACUCAAUGCCGAUGUAAAGCGCAGCAAACUCCUGGAACAAUGCAAAGAAUUGGAGACAAAAAUUGAAGCCGGUGACUUAGAUGUUCAAGAUGAAUUGAACGAUGUGUAUGCUGAAUUAAAGGCGAUCGGUGCCGAUUCAGCCGAACCACGAGCUCGUCGUAUUCUAGCUGGUUUGGGCUUCUCUAAAUCAAUGCAAAAUCGUGCAACUAAGAAUUUCUCUGGUGGUUGGAGAAUGAGAGUGUCAUUGGCACGAGCACUUUAUUUGGAACCAACACUUUUGAUGCUCGAUGAACCGACCAAUCACUUGGAUUUGAACGCUGUCAUUUGGCUUGAUAACUAUCUACAAGGAUGGAAGAAAACAUUGUUGAUUGUGUCUCACGACCAGAGUUUCUUGGACAAUGUGUGCAACGAAAUUAUCCAUUUAGACAAUAAAAAAUUAUACUAUUACAAAGGCAAUUAUUCAAUGUUUAAGAAAAUGUUUGUGCAAAAGCGGCGCGAACAAAACAAGGAGUUUGAAAAGCAGGAGAAACGUAUCAAGGAAUUGAAGGCACAUGGUCAAUCGAAGAAGGCGGCCGAAAAGAAACAAAAAGAAGUGCUGACGCGGAAACAGGAGAAGAAUCGCAGCAAAAAUCAAAAGAACGAUGACGAUGAUGCACCACAAGAAUUGCUCUCAAGACCGAAAGAUUAUGUUGUCAAGUUCCGAUUCCCCGAUCCACCUCCAUUACAGCCACCAAUUUUGGGAUUGCACAAUGUCACUUUCAAUUUCGACGGACAGCCACCGUUGUUUAUAAAAACGGAUUUUGGUAUUGACUUGAACAGUCGUAUUGCCAUCGUCGGCCCGAAUGGUGUGGGUAAAUCUACGUUUUUGAAAUUAUUAGUCGGUGACCUGGAACCAAAGAUUGGUGAACUUCGGAGAAACCAUCGUUUGCACAUCGGACGGUUCGAUCAGCAUUCAGGUGAACAUUUAACGGCUGAAGAAAGUGCCGCCGAAUAUUUACAACGUUUGUUUGAUUUACCACAUGAAAAGGCUCGCAAAGCGUUGGGAUCAUUUGGUUUAAUCAGUCAUGCGCAUACAAUUAAAAUGAAAGAUUUAUCUGGUGGUCAAAAGGCCCGUGUUGCUUUAGCUGAACUGUGCCUAAGCGCUCCAGAUGUGUUGAUUCUUGAUGAACCGACAAACAAUUUGGAUAUUGAAUCGAUUGAUGCAUUGGCCGAAGCCAUCAAUGAAUAUAAAGGUGGAGUAGUCAUCGUUAGUCACGACGAACGAUUGAUCCGAGAAACAGCGUGUACGCUCUACGUCAUAGAAGAACAAACCAUUAAUGAAAUCGAUGGAGACUUUGACGACUACCGUAAAGAAUUGCUGGAAAGUCUCGGUGAAGUUGUCAAUAAUCCAAGUAUUGUUGCCAAUGCGGCCGUUCUGCAGUGAUCAAUUCCUAUCACAAUAUUGGCUUAUCGAGAAAAAAAAAUCCAUUGUAAAAUACACUUUUCAAAUUCACUGUUGAUGAAAAAUAAAUUAAUUUUUGCUAAA